AUGGUAAUAGAUGGUUUGGUAAAACACUGGACCAUACAUUUUUAGUUUCACCAUACUUUUGUAGAAUUUACCUUUAAGUCUCAUUGGAAUUCGUUUAUCACAUGUAACGCUUCUAUCCACAUAAUCAUGUGUUUUGCAUCCUCAUUAAGCCACCGUUAUUUUGUACAUAAGAUUCUAGGUACUCUCAACCUCGCCUAUUACGUGACUGUUUAUUGUUGUUAGCUAUCUCAUUCCGUUCCUCCAAACUCAUAUUUUAUAUACUCUAUUUUAUUUCUACUUAUCCUUAGUCACUUUCUUUCAAACGCUUUUCUCCAUUUCUCAAACCUAUUACUGACUUAUUACCGAUUUUCCCCAUCAAAGUUAUGAUCUUUCUACGGCAUAUGAGUUCAUUGUUGAUUCUUUCUCUUUCUAAAAAUUUUUCCAUCUCAAUAUCCCAAACACAUCAGGUACUAUCCUCAAUCUCGUGUUCUACAAUUCCGGUAAACUUAAUAUCCAAAAUAGCCUCAGCUCUUAUCAGUCCUGACUUGUAUCAUCCUUCAUUGUCUAUUAAUUACUAUGAUCCCCAGGAGUGUAUAAUUCACUCUUCACGCUCUUAUUCUGACUUCAAAGCCAGCGACUAUGUAUUUAUCUUUCGCCUAUUUAACUCUUUCAACUGGGAAGUUAUAUUUUAUUUAUUGUCCAUUAAUGACACAACCACGCUUUAUAACCUUCAUUGAUAGUGUUAUUCUAAAAAAGACCUUCAUUGCCCCAAAAUUCUUGUACUGGGUAUCCAAUGAUUUCAAAUGUAUAAUUAAUUAUAAAAAACUUCCUCAUAAAAAAUUUAAACAGACUAGCUUCUGAUAAUCGUAUAUUUUCAGAACUCCUAGCCAAGUGCUUAACGUCUAUUCCUUAUAAAAUAUCAUUCUUUUAUAAACAACACUGAACACUUGUACUCUAUCUUGUGAAGUAUACAGAUCAUGAUUAUAAAGAUUUUAAUUUAAUAUACUGGUUACAUAACGUUGUUUUAAGUUUAUUUAAGUUUAUUAUUUAAUAGUUUAGUUUAUAUUCAGUUUAUUUAUUUAAGUUUCCAAAAAAGCUAGUUAAUCUUGUAGAGGCAAGUUUAAAUGGAACAAAGAUUAAAGUAAAGCUAGCAAAUACGUUGUCACAACCAGUGGAAGUGGUGACAGGCUUAAGACAAGGAGAUGCGCUUUCUCCUGUACUAUUUAACUUAGUGUUGGAGAAGAUAGUAAGAGAAAUCAAUUUAUGUGAAGGGGUUGAGUUAGGUCAAUCGACAAUUAACAUUCUGGCAUAUGCGGAUGAUAUCUCUCUAAUGAGAAGAAGUAGAGAGAUGAUAAUAAAAAUGGGGAAAUCACUUAUAAAGGCUGCGGAGAAAGUAGGACUAAGGAUUAAUGAAGAAAAAACAAAGUACAUGGUGGUCAGUCGGAGAAAUGGAAAUCAGGUACAAGAAGAAUUCAUUGAAGUGGAAGAAUACAAAUUUAAAAGAGUGGACCAAUUCAAAUACUUAGGGUCAAUUAUAACUCAAGAUAACGACAUUAAAACAGAAAUUUCAAUGAGAUUACAAUCAGCUAGUAAAUGUUCCUUUGGACUUAGUAAAAUUUUUAGAUCAAGAGCAAUCUCUAAGAAUUUAAAAGUUAGAAUGUACUUAACUUUGCUAAGGCCGAUUGUCCUGUACGGAGCAGAAACAUGACCUCUGAGAGAGACUGAAGAACGAAGAAUUGCAGUAUUUGAGAGAAAAGUACUCAAGAAAAUUUAUGGGGCAUACUAUGAUGUUCUCACAAAUGAAUGGAGGAAAUUACACAAUGAAGAACUGCAAUCCCUUUUUCAACGACCNUAUGAUGUUCUCACAAAUGAAUGGAGGAAAUUAUACAAUGAAGAACUGCAAUCCCUUUUUCAACGACCGGAUAUACUGAAAGAGAUAAAGAAAAGAAGGCUAGUUUGGGCUGGACAUGCCUGGAGGAAACAUGACUCAUUAAUAAGAAGAGUAAUAGAGGAAAACCCAGUAGGGAGGAGACCUCUUGGAAGACCGCGUUUAAGAUGGAAGGAUUGCGUAAGGAGAGACACUGAAACAGUGGAGCCGGAGUGUCUGGCAGGAAGUAGCAGAGGAUAG